AUGACACUUCUCGCCACCCUCAGGAGGGAUCCACCGCGGCUGGAGCCGGGCCAUGUCGUGGCGUACGACUACCUGCACAGCGGCGAGCACUGGCAGUGGACACUUGGCACGGUGGUGUCGCUCACGGAAUACACCGCCGUCGUGGAGCAGUGGGGCAUCCACGAGGGUAAUCAUGACACACUGAAGAGCGUAAUAUCGAACGAGGUCGCGAAGGAGAUGAAACGUAUGAAAAUCUUCCAGGACCAGCUCUCCGCCGCGCGUGACAAGCUGGCUGCCAUCCGCAGCGAGAACGAAGACCGCGUGUCCGCCGCACGGUCUGUCUUCGAUGCGGCAAGGGAAGACGUGGAGGGCGUUGACGAGGUGCACAUGCGCGAGGUGACAGCGCUGGCGCGGCCGUCACCGGUGGCGGUGGCGGUGCUGAAGGCUGUGCUUGCGGUGGCGAAGAACGACCCAACCAUCAAUGACUGUCUCGCGUGGAACGACAUACAAAUGGAGUAUCGCAAGCCGGACGCCGUCCUGUCACUCAUCCACGCCGACAUCGCCGGCCACGUGUAUCCAGCAGCUGAGACGAUUUUCGCAACGCUGGGCGAAGCGCGCUUCUCGUCUGUCGUAGCUGAGCGUGACUCGGAGGCGAUCAGUACCCUGCACAAGUGGGUGCUGAGCGCGCUCGCGUACCAGCAAGCGCACAGUCGGCUCACAAGUGACAUGCGGGUGCAAGCGCAAAACGUCGCCAUCGGCGGCGCCAUUACCAGCAUGAAGGCCUGUCGGAUGAAGAUCGUGAAGCUUAAGGAGGAGUUGUCCCGUGGUUGCACCUCCGCGACGCGGGGACAGGUGAUGUCAUUCACGAGAACAUCCGUGCAGACGACCAUCCCGUGUUCUGCUGUCAUUUCAGUGGUGCCCAUUGACUCCGCCAUGUCGGAUUGCGUGCUCACGGACGAUGAGGUCGACGCUGUCCUCGACGACGCCAAGUCGAUGCGCUUCCAGCUCAAGGACGAGCUGCAGCAGAUGACUAGAGAUUGCCUGGAAACCACAGCAGAGCUCCACUGCCUCGCGAUGUAUACUGCCGAACUUGAGGAAAAGCGGAUGUACCUGCUGGAGCACCAUCUCUCAAAUAUGCUUCGUAGUCGCGGCGACGAAGUGUUUCGGGCGUGCGACGUUGACUCAGCCGACACAAUCAAGGAGCUGCGGGACGACAUCGACAAGCUAGGAAUCCAUGACGAGCGUUGGCUCUACGAUGACGGUCCAGCAGUGACUACCAAACACAGCAAGUCAUACAACGGCAAGGACUGGGUGACUGUCCUCGAAAACAAGCCAGAAGAGGUCCUGUCCACGUUCAAGGCUGAGCAGGCUCUCGCAUGCCAUGUACCCGAUAACUGUAUUGAGAACGUCACCUUCAGCGUCAACCCGGACGGCCUUCACGCAGUAUUUGAGGUCCGCCACCCUGUGGCGGAGACGACGAGGCUGGUGGAGAAGCGCCUCAAAGAGUUCCCGCCACGUGCGAUGGAGCGGCUGCACCGCGAGCUGCAGGCCCCCAAGGUGGGCCUUGACCACGCGAUAGUGGAGACGUGUCGUGCACUAGAUUUGGCAGAGAACAACUUCCGCGGAUUUGGCUUUGCCGAAUUCAUCGAGGAGCUCGCUGGUAGGAGCCACCUCGGAGACAAGGACGCGUACGAAAGCGAGAUUGGCGAUUUGCUUAUGCUUCUGGACAAGAUUCACAGCGAGAACCGCUCGCUACAGUACACGCUUGAAAAGUCCGCGGAGGAGUUCCGCCGGCAGACAGCAACAACGAUGCGGGAGCAAGAGGCGCUGCGGCAGCGUAACAGCGAGCUCAGCGCGGAGAUCGAUCGUCUGCGCGAACUCGUCAAGAAACUGAAAGAAUUGACUGACAACCAAGCAGAUGAACUGGAGCUCUUUAAACUGCAAAAGAACCAGGCGAACCAGAUGCGCACGCAGCGCAACCUGUCGACGUUCAAGGGUGACAAUACAGCAGAGCCCCUUUACUGUGUGACCCUUGAUGAGCUCCACGAGCAGAUGGCGCAGUGUGAAGAGGCGGAGAAGGAGAUCGCACGCUUGCAGCACCAGCUAGAGGAACUCCAGGAGGCCUACCACAAUGUCGUUGCUCGACUCAAUGAAACAACAGAAGAGAGGGACAAGAUGACGGAAGAGAUUGAGCAGCUGAAGCGUGAUCUGCGCCAGGCACAAGACGAAGUAGAAAAGAAGAACGCCGAAUGCGCUGAAACACAGCAAAACUUAGAACGACUAGGCGACUUGCUGGACUCCGUAAAACUCUCGGAAAAAGAGGCACUGGACGGCAUCGAGGCGCGCGACAGAGACAUCCAGGACCUCCAGACACAGCUUGAAAAUGCAAUCAGCGAUAACAAGGCGACCCUUGCCGCUCUACAGGAUAAAGAAAAAGAAAAUGAAGAUCUUCGGCGACUCAUUGCAAAACAGGGAAGCGAACUUGCUUCUCACCGCGACAAACGACGCGCUGCACAUGAGACACGCUCCCUCGAGCCCACACUGCAGCCUAUUCCCUCACAAUGCGCGACUCCUGAAGAGUUUAUCGACCCAGAUACAAUAGCCGCCGAACCAUUGCUCUCGGUCACCAUGGACGAGUACUCGGACCACAGACAACGGUGUAACCAAUUGCAGCAAGAAAAUGACGUACUCCGGCAGCAGCUACAGCAGGCUUACGAUGACAUGGAAACAUUCAACAACCAAUUACAAGAAGCUGCAGCGGAAAACAAAAGCAUCGCGGAACAUAUGCGCAGCAAGCACGACGCUCUCACGCAGGCACAAAAUGAAAUAGAAAGGCUCUUUGCACAAAAUAGCAAACUAGAAAAAGAGCUAGACCAAAAAACUCAAGAGAACCAAAGGUCCGCAAAAGAACUUGAGAAUCUGAACGAAGCAAUUAAACAAAAGGCAGCCGAAAUUAAAACACUGGCAAAUGAAAACCAACAAAAAGAUGCUGAAAUCGACCGCCUAAUGGAAGAAGCAGAAAACAUAUCCAGGGAGCUCGAGCAGAAGUGUGCCGAGAAUGAGAAGCUGGCUGAGGAGCUGGAGCAGAAGUGUGCUGAGAAUGAGAAGCUGGCUGAGGAGCUGGAGCAGAAGUGUGCUGAGAAUGAGAGGCUGGCUGAGGAACUGCAGGAAAAAGCUGCCGAAAACGAUCGAGGACUGGGAGAGCUGGAGCAAAAGAAUGACGAACUUAGCAAAUUGAAAGAUGAUAUUGAGAGGUUGGCUGAGGAGCUGGAGCAGAAGAAUGCCGAGAAUGAGAAGCUGGCUGAGGAGCUGGAGCAGAAGUGUGCUGAGAAUGAGAAGCUGGCUGAGGAGCUGGAGCAGAAGUGUGCUGAGAAUGAGAAGCUGGCUGAGGAGCUGGAGCAGAAGAAUGCCGAGAAUGAGAGGCUGGCUGAGGAGCUCGAGCAGAAGUGUUCCGAGAACCGAAAGCUGGCUGAUGAAUUGGAUACGCUUUUGAAGGAUCUUGAAUGUAUGAAGGGGAAAAAUGAGGAACUUUCCAUUGAUCUGGAAAAGGCUGUUGCGGAGAAGGAGAAGGUUGCUGGUGAUGCACGUCUGCAGAUGUUGGAAUUUGAAGCGGCUAAGAGUGCGUUACAGUCAAGGGUAGACCAGUUGGAGCGUUCUCUGCUGGAUGUGACGGCUGAGAAAGAUGAAGCCGUGUCGGCGUUAGAGGGAGAAUUGCUUGAUAUUUUGGUUCAACUAAAAGGUGUGAAUGGAGUUAAUGUUGCCUUGGAGGCCCUCAUGGCGGAUAUGGACAAGGAAUUGAAAUUUUUAAGGGCACAUUGCGAGCUGUGGACGGACCCAGUUGAAAAGAAGAACCAGGUUGUUACCCGGCAUGUGAAGGUUUUUGAUGGAAACGGUUGGGAAAAGUUAUUGCGUGAGCGUCCUCAAGCACUCAUGGCUGCCUUUGUCCUUGACUCCGCCAACGCCUGUCAUGUGCCUGGUGACCAAAUCUCGGAGGUAUCCUUUUUCAAUGAGAAGUAA